UAUUAUUUUUAAAUGUUAUUAUAGUGUCUUCAAGUUCCAACAGUGUCGUUUGUCGAUGUGCGCAUGCUCUCUGCAGCCCAGUUAAAGUGGACAGCCAGACAAGAGAGAGAGAGUGUGUGUGAGAGAGAGAGAAGAUACUCUAGCUAUAUACUCGGGUAAAGCUUGUGAAGUCGUCUUUGCUACAUCAGCCACUCUACCAUAAUGUCCAAACCAAAGUUUCAGACGGAGUGGGAGGAAAUUGACGAGGAAUAUCAACAAUUACAGGAAACUCACAAAAUAUACAGACAGAAACUUGAGGAGCUCACCACUCUUCAGACAACAUGCAGCAGCGCCAUCAGUAAACAGAGAAAAUGCCUGAAAGACCUAAGGCGCAGCUUGACCAAGUGUUCACAAACAUGUGACAAGAAAGAAUUGGAACUAAUAAAAGACAUCAAAACACAAAUUAAAGAUAAAGAAAAUGUGUUCUUUGAUAUGGAAGCGUAUUUGCCAAAGAAAAACGGGUUGUACCUAAAUUUGGUCCUGGGCAAUGUGAACGUAACGCUUCUUAGCAACCAGGCCAAAUUUGCCUACAAAGAUGAAUAUGAGAAGUUCAAGCUUUACAUGACCAUAAUCCUGAUGUUUGGAGCAAUAACCUGCCUAUUCUUUCUCAACUGUCGAGUCACUGAUGAAAUCUUCAACUUUCUGCUGGUGUGGUACUACUGCACAUUGACCAUAAGGGAAAGCAUCCUCAUGAGCAAUGGCUCCAGGAUCAAAGGUUGGUGGGUGUCUCACCAUUAUGUAUCCACCUUCCUGUCAGGAGUGAUGCUCACCUGGCCAGAGGGGCCCAUGUAUCAGAUGUUCAGAAGCCAGUUCCUCGCUUUCUCCAUCUACCAGAGCUUUGUUCAGUUCCUGCAGUAUUACUACCAGAGUGGCUGCUUAUACAGGCUGCGAGCUUUGGGAGAGAGAAAUCAGCUGGACCUCACAGUGGAGGGAUUUCAGUCCUGGAUGUGGAGAGGCCUAACUUUUCUUUUACCAUUCCUCUUUUUUGGCCAUUUUUGGCAGCUCUACAACUCUGUGACCCUGUUUCGUUUGGGAGGACGUGAGGACUGUAAGGAGUGGCAGGUAUUUAUGCUGGCACUGACAUUUCUCAUCCUAUUCCUGGGAAAUUUUCUCACUACCGUAAAAGUCGUCCAUCAAAAGGUUCAGAAAAAACAGGAAAAGGUGCAAAAAAAUGACUGAGACAAAAAAACUCCUUGGAUUCUAACACACGGCCAGUAAUUUUAAAGCAACACGCACAAUCGCUUGAUAGACUGACCUACGCUACAGUCAGGCCGGGAGAAGACAAAGCUGAAACCACUGGUUCUCUCAGGCUUUGAUGGCAGCAGUGUCCAGCCAAAGUAUCUGGCCAACAGGCUUCUGCUUUCAAAUGACUUGUCGUCGAUGUUGCUGCACAGUCAGUCUCAACGCAGUGUUGUUCACCUGAUAGACGGAACAGUCUGUCGCUAUAUUCUGUACAUAAAAAGUGAGAGGGAAGAAUGUGUUUUUAUUUGGGUGUUUUUGUGUCAGCGCAUGAAUCUGUCAGAGAGCCUUUUGUUCAAAUCAUAUGCAACUUAAAAGAGGACAGGUAGCAUCGAUCAACCGAACAGAAUAUAGUUUGCCUUUAAAGACCUAACGUCUGUCAUGUUCUUGAUACUUCUGUGAAGUAGCGCUGGGCCAAAUGUCUCUGGCUUGAACAAAAUUGGACAUGUUCAGCUUGGAACUGCGCUUCAUUUCUUGAAUUAUCUAACUUUUUAUGUGUAGUUCUUAACUCCUCUUGUGCUAUUUCACUGCUAACCAGUAUUUUUUUUUUUUACUAAGACUUUUGGGUCGACAACUUUAAAAAAACAUAAACCUGAUACUUGACUGUCCUACAUUUUAAGAUUUGUUUUCUUCCUUUUGGUGUCUUUUUCAGAGUCAGUUGUGGCUCUGUUUUUUGCUGUUUUCCUAGUUCCUCAAAAAAAAAAAGUAAGGACUACAAGGGAAGGCUACACUGUUUCUCCCCUUAGGCAGUGGUCACAAAAGCCAUAACUUCUUUUUUUUUUUUAUGAUCUAAUGCUCAAACUUGGUUCGGUCACAUGAACACAGACAUAACAAUUUGUAAUGUCCUCAAAGGAUUAAAGGGGGUUUUCGUGGGAACUCGGCCCUAACUUUUACACUUUUAUGUUCUCGUUAACAUAAUGCUCACAAGUUGUAAUGUUUAUCAUGUUUCACUUAAGAUCUAACUCUUCCUUCAAGCCUAUUGAACAUUUUAUCACAAAGACAUGCACAGAGGUGUAUCAUUACUGUGCUGAAACAACAUGCUGGUAGUUCCUCCUUGUUAUGUGAUGUUGCAGAAAUGUAUUCUGACCAAAUGCUGCUAUUAGUAUUAGCACUGGUACUGUAAGACUAAGGUCCAGAAUGAUGAUUAAAAAUGUGCUGGAUUAUUGU